UGAAAUUGAACCUCAGCCAGAAAUUACGCCAGGAAACAUGGUUACUCCCCAACAACUUGUCGUUCCAGUUGAUGUUCCUUGUGAUACCAUUGCAUCUCCACCGUCAUUGGAGGAACACUUAACGACUGAACAACUGCCUGCAACUGAGAAAGCUAACCGCAGCGAGAGCACUGCAGUUGAUGCUAUUCGCAACAUUGUCUACCGAUGCAAGCUGAAUAUGGCAAAUACUCGUAUUGUGCUGGAAGAACUUAGGUCCCUGCAUCCUGAGUUGCCGACUGACCCUCGGACAUUGAUGAGGACUGAAGACUUUUUUCAGAGGAGAGCAGUUGGUCCUGGGAUGUAUGUUCACAUUGGUCUUCGUCGUCAGAUUUUGUCUCGCUUACAAAUUCUCAAAUCUGAAGUCUCAGUGCCACUUGGUCUGCAGCUGAACAUUGAUGGUGCUCAAAUUUUCAACAACUCCAAAUUGCAGAUGUGGCCAAUACAAGGGAAGUUACUUUUGUCUGGCUGCGACAAGGUAUUCUUGGUAGGUGUCUACUGUGGUUCAUGUAAACCUUCAAGUAUACACUUUUUUGAGGGACACUAUAGUCGAAUUAGAAUGCAUUUGUGCUAAUGGUAUCACAUUACCCAACAGCCAUCGCAUUGACAUUGUACUUAAGGGCGUCAUCUGUGACACACCAGCGAGAUCACUAGUUAAGCAAAUAAGCGGUCACAAUUCAACACAAGGAUUCGAUAAAUGUGAGGCUGUAUGCCGUCGUGCAAAUAAUCGCAUGGUUUAUCCUACUACAUGUGCUGCUUUAAGAACAGACACGGCUUUUCGCA